UUUUUUUUUUUUUGACUUAAUAUAUAUAUACUUACAGUAUUUAAUGCAUGCGUUAUAUGAAGAAGAACCACAAUCUAUCUUUGUUAUAAGAAACCCUUUUAGAUUUCUUAGUCACAAAGGACGACAAAUAGGUUCUUAUGUUGCUGGUGGACUGGUUGCCAUUGGUUGGUGGGUGUUUUUAGAUGCUGUAGUUCAAUCUUCAACAGGAAAAGAGGAUUCUAUUAGAAUGGGGUUUGAAGACUGGUUUUCAGGGAUUCUCUCAACUUUUGGUAUGAUAGUAAUCAAUCUUAUUGAUAAAUCUAGAUUACAAGGAGAAGCAUUUACAUAUUCAGCAAGUGACCUUGUAUGGAAAGCUAGGUUAUUUCUAUUUCUGGGCUUUGCUUUGUUAGGAUUUGGAUUUGCUGGAUCAUGCAGUGUGAUGAUUAUUAAAUAUAUAGUACGUCAUGAUGGACAAGAUAUCUAUUAUGGGGUAGCAGGUGUUGUUCAAUGUUCAUUGAUUAUGCUAAGUACUGUAGUACUAUGGGUUGCUCAAGGAACUCAAGAGGAAUAUGAAUACAAUUUGCGGAUUUAGUUUAGUUUUUUUUUUUCUAUGAUAAUAAUAAUAAUAAUAAUAAUAAUAAUAA